AUGUGGCUUGCCAUGGUCUCCAGCAAAUCUGCCAACUCCAUUGCUGCCGGCACCUUCCAUUUUCUCCUCCUUUCGCUUCUCAUUCUCAACGUUUUCGCCCUUCAGAAUGCAGGGAAUUCAAAGAAAAUUAUCUACGCUACAAAUAGUGCUCCCUUUAGAAGAGAGCUAUCACCCAGAAUAACAGAAACUAAAUCCACACGUGGAAAAGCCUACCCUCCUGACUUUGAGAGUAUUCAGCAAACGCCAGUUGAACCCGCAUUACGACUUGGCAUGCAAGUUUCUGCCACUUUUCCAAAUACAUGUCCCUUUACAGUUUUAUGGGUUUCGCUUUAA